AGUUGGCCCUUUGGAACUACAUCUCCCAUCAUGCAUCAGGCCCAGAGUACCAGGCUCACGCUAAGGCUCGAGAUCUUGGCCGAUGCCGGGGCUCCAGAAAAGAUCCAGGAUGAACAGCGGGCAAGAGGAUGGUCUUGCUCCUCUUGCCCACCGGGUUGGGUCGUACGUAACCUAAUAGACCUCUCAGGCCUAGCUUGCCAUCGGCACCGCCACACCGGUCUAAUAUGGCCGCUGGUGCUGGGACCGGACUCGCGCGUAAAGAGCCAGGACUAAGGUCCGGAGCGGGAGACCGCUCCCGGCAUUCCUCGCGGGUGUAGCGUGGGCACCCUUCCCCCACUUCCGGGUCCCGGGAGAAGGAGACCCUGGGGUCUUGAAGAGUGUCCGGAGGUUCCGCUGUUUGGUGCUUAGGCGAAGAAUGGCAGGCCCUCCUGGGCAGUGAAUUCUGGCCUUGGGUAGCAAGGUGUAAAGAGAAGAUAGGUCAUCAGCAUCACGGCCUGUUUUCUAGGGAGCCUUUCGGGUUAUCAGUAGUAGGAUUUAACCGGAGACUUGUCACCAUUGUUGCAGCCCGGUGAGACCUUGAAGUAGAGCCUUGUGUCACUGGGGCAGGGCUCUGAGACAGUGUAUAUGCAUCUUAAAUUCAUCCAGGACUAGUGGGUCUUUGAUGACUAGUCCUCGCCUUGAGCACGCAGUGAAUUCUUCACAAAAGUGUGUUGCAGGUUAACAUGGCCCAGGGCUUGAUUGAGGUGGAGCGAAAGUUUACUCCAGGGCCUGACACAGAGGAAAGGCUGCAGAAGUUGGGGGCCACCCUGGAGCACCGGGUCACCUUCCGAGACACGUACUAUGAUACCUCUGAGUUAAGCCUUAUGCUGUCUGACCACUGGCUGCGACAACGAGAAGGUAGUGGAUGGGAGUUCAAAUGUCCUGGAGUAACAGGUGUCUCAGGACCUCACAAUGAGUAUGUGGAAGUCACAUCGGAAUCUGCAAUUGUGACCCAGCUCUUUGAACUGCUGGGGUCUGGGGAGCAGGAGACUGCAGGUGUGGCUGCUGUCCUGGACCGACUGAAGCUGCAGGAAGUAGCUAGUUUUAUAACUACACGAAGUUCCUGGAAGCUGGCCUUAUCUGGAGCCCAUGAAGAGGAGUCACUGCUCACAGUGGACUUGGAUUCAACGGAUUUCGGUUAUGCUGUGGGUGAGGUAGAGGCCAUGGUGCAUGAGAAGGCUGAAGUCCCGGCUGCCCUAGAGAAGAUCAUCAGCGUCAGUAGCAUGCUUGGAGUGCCAGCACAGGAGAAGGCACCUGCUAAGCUCCUGGUCUACCUACAGCGCUUCAGGCCUCUGGACUAUCAGCGCCUGCUAGAAGCAGACAGUUCCGGUGAGGCCACAGGGGACUCAGUACCAUGACAACAGUGCAUGGAAGCAGGGUUCACUUCCUCAAAAGGACGGUAACUCUGAAGCUGCCAUCCACACCGGGACCACUGCGCCCCUUCCCUUUCAGCAGAGCUACUUUUCUCUCCAGCUCUGCCAGGUCUUUCACCCACACUGAGCUAUCCUUCCUGGAGCCCUCCCUCACUGCUUCCCUCAUCCGUCAGAUGCAAUCUGUGGGCCGCCCCUCUCCCCUGGCCGCUAAGCAGCCUCCAUUGAUUUCCGCUCGUGUUUAUAGGAUUUCCACUUAGCCGUGAUCAGUAGUUAAGCACAGGGAAAUCCCUUGCCACCCCCCCUCCCCUGGUCGAUGCCAUUGAUUCUGCCAGAGGCUCUGAAGCCGCCUUACAGCUGAGUUAGGGAUGAGGGGAAACAGUGGGGAUUCCCCUGCCUUGGGGUGCAGGGAAGAGUAAGAAGGUGGAGAAAUGGUUGGGAACUCCUUAAGGGAUCUAGACAUUCUGGGCCUGUCACUGUGCCUGGAGGGUAGAGUGCCCUGUGUGGCAGUUCAGACAUACAUUUGCUCUCCAACCCAGAGAGGGGUAGAAAGCAAACGGUCAUUGUUGAGACAGGUUCCUAGGGUUCCAGGAAGUCAUUCUGCCUGUGGAGAAGGCUCCGCCCUCGGCUCCUAGACACUGUUUCUCUCAGCUAGGCCUUUCUGCCCUCCUCAGGCUUCAUAGACAUAUUUUGUUGGGCAGGAGGCAGGCUGUCCAUAUUGCGGUGACAAAUAAAGGGUCCGAGUGCCACCUGCUGGUGGCCCUCAGGGCUGUGUCCCAAGCUGAGGGCGCAGAAAGAUUUCAGGUGAGCUGAGGCAGUGAUGAGACAGGUAAGCUUAGCAGCCCGCAACUCCACUUGCUUCAAGCCAUACAUGCCUCUCCGCUAACUGCCACUUGGUGCCCUAGGAUCCUCAGCUGCAUGCACCGCGGACACACACUUUUAACAGUGCACCCAGGACCCCAGCCAUAUUGAGUAGCCCUCAUGUCCCACUUCGAACAACAGAACAAAUCUCUCCUUCCCCGGUGGCCAUCAAAAACUCCCCUU